AUGGCGUCAGUGUCUUCUCAGGAGCAGGACUCCUUCUCUUGUUCUGUCUGUUUUGAGCUGUUGUGGGACCCAGUGACUAUUCCAUGUGGACAUAUUUGUUGUGCGGGGUGCAUUGAGAGCUGCUGGGAUCAGAAGGACGUGAAAGGAGAAUACAGCUGCCCCCUGUGUAAGCACACCUUCGACUCCAGGCCUGUUCUCCACAAAAACAGUCUGAUGGCUGAAAUGGUGAAGAAGUUCGGGAAGACCAAAAUCCAAGCUGCUGCUGCUGCUCACUGUUAUGCUGAACCUGGAGAUGUGGCGUGUGACAUCUGCAUUCUGUCCAGGAGAGAACUAAAAGCUGUCAAGUCCUGCCUAGAUUGUGUGAUGUCGUUCUGCUACUCUCACCUUAAAGCUCACAAUGAACUUAUAGGCGUAAAUCACACCAAAAUCGAUGCCACAGGCCAGCUACACGAGAAAAACAUGGUGCCCAUGGCUGGUGAUCCAUGCAGUGAUGUGGCCCAAUCGGUAUUCAACCAAAGCCACUUCUCUGAGCCCCUGGAGGAAGAACCUGAUUUCAUCUCCAGGCAGGAGAUAGUCACUAUAUCUGCAGCAGCAACUAAUGAGCAAAUCUCCCCAGACAUGGAGAGUGACAAGACCGAUGACCAGGCUCCUACUGCUGAACCAGUGGCCAGAGAAGACUUCUUACAGGAUACUGAUCCUGAACCUCCAGUCAGAAGAGAAGACAUGACUAGAGAGGACCCUGGAGGACUCGAACCAGUGACUAGAGAGGACCCUGGAGGACUCGAACCAGUGACUAGAGAGGACCCUGGAGGACUCGAAACAGUGACUAGAGAGGACUUCUUAAAGUAUUCCUGCUACUUCACUCUGGACCCCAACACAGCCCACUCUUGUCUUCGUCUGUCUGAGGGGAGCAGGGUGGUGCUGGGGGCCUGGUGGCCUGGUGGGGGGAGGGGGCUGCAGCCGAGACCUGAGGAACAGGCGCCCCCUGAUCAUCCAGACAGAUUUGACGGCCAAUGGUAUCAGGUGCUGUGUAGAGAGGGUGUGUAUGCAGACUAUGCACGCUGCUACUGGGAGGUCGAGUGGAGUGGGUGGGUUGGUAUAGCAGUGUCCUACAAAAGCAUCAGCAGGAAAGGAGAUGGUCAUGAGUGUGGGUUUGGAAGCAAUAGGAAGUCCUGGAGUCUGGAUGUGGGCUCUGGACCCUUUCUCUGGCACAAUAAUGGACAGAAAAGACUUAAUGUAGCGGCCAGCUCCAGAAUAGGAGUGAGCUUUGGCUGUAGCCACAGAUCGCCUCGACUACUUGAGAAAAUGGCUGAGGCCAGGGCCGGUAACAUGGACAUUUUGGAGUGUCCUAUUUGCUUUUAUCUUCUGAAUGACCCGGUGGCUCUUACCUGUGGGCACAGCUACUGUUUACGCUGUAUUGAGAACUGCUGGGAUAAGGGCGUUUACAGCUGCCCUGAAUGCAGCCAGACUUUUGCUCAACGACCUGUUUUGAACAAGAACAUUAUACUUGCUGAGCUCGCAGAUCAAAAGAAGAAGAGCAGAAUACAAACAGCAUCUUCUGAAUGUGCUGCUGCUGGACCUGGAGAAGUGGAGUGUGACAUCUGCACUGGGAGAAAACUCAAAGCUGUCAAGUCCUGUCUGGAGUGUCUGAAGUCGUACUGUGAAACUCAUUUAAAAACCCAUGAUGAACUUCACAGUAAAAACCACACUGUAAUUGAUGCCACUGGCCAGCUACAGGAGUGGAUCUGCCCUCGUCAUAACAAGGUUGUUGACAUAUUCUGUCGCACUGACCAGAGCUGCAUCUGCUAUCUGUGUAUGGUGGACUAUCAUAAAGGCCACGACACAAUCUCGGCUACGACAGAGUGGAGUCAUAAAAAGGAGGAGUUGGGGCAGAGUCAGAAGAGAUGCCAUCAGAUAAUCCAAUUGAAGGAGAAGGAGCUACAGGAGCUGAGGAAGGCUGUGGAGACUCUCAAGUCUGAUGCACAGACAGCAGUGAAGGAGAGUGAGAGGAUGUUUACUGAGAUGAUCCGCUCCAUUGAGAAAAGGUGCCUUGAGGUGACAGAGCUGAUCAAAGCUCAGGAGAAGGCUGAGGUGAGUCGAGCUGAAGGACUUCUGAAGCGACUGGAGCAGGAGAUUGCUGAACUGAAGCAGACAGAUGCUGAGAUGAAGCAGCUUGCACUGACACAGGAUCCUAUCCAGUUCCUUAAGGUAGAUAUCAUCUUGAUAGUUAACAAUAAAUAA